AGGCUCGGGAGGCCCAAAUUAAAAAAAGGGCCUAAUUCCCUGAUUCGGGGCUCUCUUUUUUAUUUUACCAAUUGAUUUCUCAUCCUCGUAAAAGAAUACCUCCCUUCAAAAUUUUCUCACCUUCGUUAGUUCUGUUUCAAUUUGAUCGUUCAUCCACGAUCCAGGUUGAGUGUGCCAUCCCAUAUGGAUUCUACUUCCACAGCUGAAGCAGACUAUGCUGCGUUUCUGGAGAAGGUGAAACGUACUGUUUACAUUGACAGCCUUUCACCACAAGUGACUGAAUCUGUCAUGAGAACAGCUCUAGGUCAGUUUGGGACUGUGAAGAAUGUGCAGUUUAUCCCGAACUACACAGGACCCAAAAAUAUCCCAUGCUGUGCCUUAGUGGAAAUGGAGUGUCUUAGACAAGCUGAAGCUGUUGUUUCAGAGAUCACCCAGUUCCCCUUCAUGAUGUCUGGGAUGCCUCGGCCUGCUAGAGCAUUUCGUGCAGAAGUGGAGAUGUUUGAUGAUCGCCCAAUCAAGCCUGGUAGAAGGAUACAGUGCCGUUGGGUGGACAGAAAUGACCCUGAUUUUGAAGUGGCAAGUAAAAUUAAGCGUCUUGUCAGAAAGCAUGCUGCUGAAGAUUUAUUUUUGCUCCAGCAACAGUUGGCCCAAGAAGAGAAGCUUGCAAAGCAGCAAGAGGAAACCCUCAAAGCAAACUAUAAGAAGUUCACCAUAAUAGAUAACGUCGUGUCUGACGGAACUGCUCCUGGUUUGGCGAAGUUUUACAACAUGAAGGUUUUUGAUGCUUGAUUAGUUCUGAAUCAGUAGAGAUCCUACAAAACAUAAGACAUAGAUUAGUCUAAUUAGCUGGGUGCAGACCACAUUAAGAUAAGAUUUUUGUAUCCCAGGAUGCAUUACCUGCUUUGUAAUCCUGCUGGGGUCCAUCUUUUAGAUAUCAGAAGUGUAAAUCCAAUUAGCUUGGUCAUUCUGGAUUAAUGUAGUUAAAUAUUUGAGGAAGGGUAACUGAUACCGUUGGAGCUUUAUGAACUUCAUCUUUUAACUGUGCUUUUGUGUUUCCUAUGUAGUAAGAUCGUCAUCCACUUAUCAAAACUGCUUGGUCUGGAUCAUGAGUUUAAGUUCUUCGACUUCUCAGAAUAUUAUUGCUCUAUAGUUGCUAUUUUUUCCUU